AAAAAAAAAUCUCAAAUUCUAAACCUAAAUCUCACCACUUCUUUCUCAGACUCUGCACUCCGUGGCUCCUUCAUCUCCAGCCCCGCCGCCGACGACUCUGUCUCCCUCACCUCUGCCACCCAAGACCCAAUCUCAAAUAUUAAGUAGUUAUUAUUUAUUAAAAUAAACAAAUAAAUUAGAGAGAGAGAGAGAGAAAGAGAAAGUGGGUGUGACUGAAACUCCAAGGAAACAAAUUCACUUUCCUCAAUUCGAAGAAGAAAGAUAGACGGCUUAGGCAGUCCUCUAAGUCUCACAGUCACAGAAAUUUAUACAUUUAUCUCCAAAAACACAAUAUGAAAUUGUGUCUUAAUUAUAUGAGAAGCCCAAGCGCACAUAAUGACUAUUUGAUCAUCAGCGGUAUCAGAAGCCUUAAAGCUCGUUCAACGGAGAGGAGGAAUUCAUAGGCUGUUGGCUUCAUUGCCACCUGCGCAAGCUUCACUCAUUGCUCGGAUAAACAAUCACAAUUACUUCACUCAAAGAUAAGGACGAGUCAUCUGAAUUCGAAACCCCUAAAAAAUGGCAAACCCCAUGGCCUUGACAUGUCAAACUUGCGGCAAUGUUGGGAUGGCUGAUGAUGCAGAUGGCUUCUUCUACUGUCUUCGGUGUGGUUCUCAGGCAGAGGACAUCAUUGACACCGGUGUUGGUGAUGAGGACUAUGUCGAUAAGGGCCCUGGUGGUGGUGGUGGUGGUGGUGCUGUCUAUGUUGCUAGUCACCGCCGCCAACGCCAACACGUCUCCACUAUAUCUCAAUCACAGUCCCAAUUCAACGCCUCAAUGCACUCUCAAUUUUGGACUUCUUUAACUUUAGAAGACAAAGAAGAGACUCCCAUUCAAGUCAAGAUCAAUAGUCAGGAAGUGGAUCACAAUUAUAGUUGGGAUCUUUUUAGUGACAACAUUGGACCCACUGGCCCAGAGGAUUUUGGGUCUGUCGGGGAGCUCAUUCCGAGCUUCGAGGACUACUAUAAUGAGAUAAGGAUUCGAUACAUUAUGGGUUUGCAGUUGAUGAUUGAGUUUCAGUGUGAGGCUUUGGUUAGGGAGUUUAAAGUGAGCCCUUUGAUUUGUGGGUUGGCUGGGACCAUUUGGUUGCGGUUCGUGGCUGCCACUCGAGUGUUUGAUGAUGGUUGGGUUGAUGAAGCCAUUAACGAGUCUGAGAAUCAGAAUCAAGGAGAGCUGCCUAAUGAUGAGCCGCGGUCUAAAUAUAAUUCAGAACCCCAAAAUAUGUAUGGUCAGCGUGCUGUAACGAUAUGGAUCAGAUCAUUGAAAAGGAAGAUACCGUUGUCUUGUACUUUAGCCAUUUCUUUUCUAGUUUGUCAUCUCGCCAGGGAAGCAGUCUUGACAACCGAUAUAGUAAAGUGGUCAUUAGAAGGGAAACUUCCCUACUUUGCCGCUUUUGUUGAAAUCGAAAAACUCAUUGGACCACCAACAAAAGCUUGCCCAAUAAGUUCAAGUUCCAUGUUCAGGCCUCUUGAAUCUGUAACAGCACAGAAGAUGGAACCACUUUCAGCUUCCAUUGCUAAAUCCAUAGGCUUAUGUUUACCUCCUGUGAAUUUCUACGCCAUCGCUUCACGCUAUCUUCAAAAGCUAUCACUUCCUUCGGAUAAGAUUCUUCCUCACGCUUGUCGUAUAUACGAGUGGUCAAUGCCUCCAAAUUUAUGGUUAUCAGCUAGUGAACUAAGGCUUCCUACUCGUGUUUGUGUGAUGUCGAUACUGAUUGUUGCAAUAAGAAUUCUUUAUAAUAUUAACGGCUUCGGAAUAUGGGAGAGAAGUUUGUCUAAACACAAUGUUUCUUCCACAUCUAAUGGGGUAGAAGAAGAUUCUGAUUCUCCUAGUUUGAAAGAUUUCAAAGACAAGGAUUCUGGUUUUCCUCGUUUCGUUGAUGAUCCUUAUAAGAUCCCUGUUAUAAACACAUUACAUCUUCAGGAAUCUGAGAUGGAUGCUGCCGAGCUUCUGAGCAAUCUUGAAGCAUUGUAUCAUGGAAUACAUGAAAACUAUGAGUAUUCUAAAGACUUGCCAACAUAUCUCCAGCACUGUAAAGAUGUAGUUUUUGCGGGGUUAGAACCGUCAUUUGAGAAUCACGAGGAGCAAAAACUGAUAGAAGAGUUAUGGGGUUUUUAUCAGAACAAAACGGAUUCGAAAACAACUGAAGUAGACUGUGAUAAUUAUAGUAGAGCCGAUAAGCAAAAAAGAUUACGAAAAGAUGAAGAGCGUAGUAGAACAUUCCCACAUAGAGAGAAGAAGUUCAAGGAAAACGAGGGUGUUAGUAAUUCAUCCGACAGUGAAACUCGAAGUGAAAACCAUGACCGGUCCAAGAGUACAACACAAAAUGACCAAAACCCGAAAGAUGAAACAACUUCAACUACUUCUACUCUUAAAGAAGAAUCCAUUAAAGAAAUGAAACAGAACAUGGAGGAAAACAGGUUCUAUUACAUGCCGCCGAGGAAACAAUUGAAAAAAUUUGGGUAUCUACAUUACGCGAGAAAGAGGGACGAAGGCUCGUUGACUUAUUCUGUUCAUGCAGAUUACUACAUCUUGCUUCGUGCUUGUGCUAAAGUUGUCCAAAUUGAAACUCGGUAUAUGCAUUUCGGGGUGUUGAGUUUCGAGAAACGACUGGUUUGGACUGAGCACAAAAUCAACCACUGUUUGCAUAUGACUCCUCCAAAUCUCUCUUGUGAAUUUUGUACUAAUUCCAUAAGUGGAGAUGGCUUAGAAGAGUCUCUUGGACUUUCAAAUUUGAAUAUUUAGUUUAUUUGUUCUUUUUAGGGUGUUUUGUAAAUAUAAUGUUGGACCAAAAGUUACGUUUUAAGUAUUAUACUUCCAAGUGUAGGAGUGACACUUUUGAAAAUACAAUGUUCAUCUAAGUAUGAGGUCAAACCCGAAAGAGAGAUUAGUAACAUAAAAAAGAAACUAUUUUAAUAAAUUAAAGUAUUAAAAUUUUAACCUAA